AAUAUGAGCAUCAUUUUUUUCCAAUAGUUUUUCGUGAUUUUAGAAUCGAAUUGUAACAAAUUUUGGACUGUGAACUGCAAAUUUGUGGCAAUUGUUUGUCGAGAAACACAAGUAAAACAAUCCAUGUUUAAAAGACCUCCAUGCAAACUAAGUGAAAAGUGGUUUAACUCGGACUCACCCGAGCAAGCAUCAUUAAAUUUUAGUCAAAAUAAAAAAUUUCUAAAUCCCAAGUAAGAAUGAACUAAGAAGAGUACGGACAUUAUUUAAAAAAAAACGCGGUACAAUCAUCUUAAAUAAGUGUGCAAAAAUUCAUAAUGGAAGGCAUGUUUUUCGUCAUUGAAUAUGCUUGAAAAAUGCUUAUCAAAGGAAAAAAAUAUAAGAUAAAAACUUCAGACGAUAAAGAAGAAAAUUAAAAUUAAACGUGUAAAAUGGCAACCGAGGACGGGUUUGACCCGAAAAAAUUAACUAAAGCCUUAUUGAGGGCGAACAGUAUUGAAACUGAAACUCCAACAUUGGAGAGAAAAAGCAAAUUUAGCGUAUUAGGGAUUCUCUUUAAACCUUGGAAGUGGAAAAAGCGAAAGCGGAAUGAGCGUUUUGAUGCUUUGUCCAAGUCACUUGAAAGAAAAGCUUCUGUGCGUGCCAAUAAAGAUGAAUUAAAUCAAACAGACCCUCUGUCAACAAGUUGUGUUACUUUUGAAUCGGACGACUAUACACAAGUAAACGGAUUGAGGCCAAACGCCAUAGUAAAUUCGUCGGCAGCGUCAACGCCAUCUUCUACAAAUAGUGUGCCUUCGUCACAAUCAGCUCAUCAGAUCCGUAACAUGUCUCAAAUAACAAACGUUAGUCAAUCUGUUGUAUCUAAUGAGAACAAUGUACCUCAUUCACAGUCAGCACACCAUAUAGGUCAAAAUAGUUUAAUUCAUUUGUCGCACCAUCAAGCUCUUCAGCAACAAUUGAAGGAAAGAUUCGAAUCACGCAAGGAAAAUGCAGAGACGAGCAACAACUACAUGAUGAACAACGAUCAUUCAUCUAUGAAUAACACUGAUAUGUGGAAACCCGAGAGACCCAAUACUCUAAUGCAACACAAGUCUUUCAGGAAAGUUAUUUAUUUUGAUCCUAAUGUAGAAAAUAACGUUCGUUAUGCUGUCGAAACGUCCCAAUGUUUCACACAAAACUCAGUUGGAUUUACUGAGCUUCCAGAACCGCCAAUUCCACUAUCGGAAAUAGGGCCUAUUCCACCACCGCCAAUGUUUUCAUCGAGUCCUGCAACCGCUAGGAAAAAUUCCAACAAAAAUUUGCAAGGAUACGACGAUAGGGAUAGCAUAAGGAAUUGCUCCAAUUUUCGACCAUGUGAUAUGAACAAUGUCGAAACAGAUGACCGAGAAGACCAAGAUUUUGACGAAGAUUUAGUAUUUAAUUUGCCUCCACCAAACGCUGAAAUCAAUACAUCACAUAUUGAGGAGAUUCCCGCUAAAGAACCAAAGUUUAAUGCUGUUCCAUUAAAAUCCGCUUUGAAGAAGAAAAGUUCCAGCAAUACGCCCAUUCUUGAAUCUACAUCCAAAUCCAUAACAAUAUGCCAGGAGACAUCACCAAUAUCUUGCAGAAGACUACGAGUAGGAAUGGGUCCAAUAGAAAAUAAGGAAAAUUCAAAACCAACAACCAUCAAAGAAGACGAAGAUAGUGAUAGUGAUGAUAGUGAUCAGCCUAUUCUGUAUAGUGAUGAUAAUCCCGACGGCUUUACGAAAAUUGCUAAGCGCGAGAGUUUGUCCCUCAAAUUAUCAUUGCGACCAGAUCGACAAGAGCUCAUAAACAGAAAUAUACUACGUGUACAUUCCGAAAACGAGAGGCAAGAGACGAAAGAAGCUAUAGGUGCUAAACUUAUUAGAAGACUAUCAAUGAGACCUACAGCAGAAGAAUUGGUGGAACGUAAUAUCUUGAAAACUCAGAGUCCAGCUGAAGAAAAAAAACAAAGAGAAGAAAAGAAACGAUAUUUAUUGCGAAAGCUUAGCUUCAGACCUACUGUUGAUGAACUUAAAGAAAAGAAAAUCAUAAGAUUUAAUGACUACAUUGAAGUAACACAAGCACAUGAUUAUGACAGAAGAGCAGAUAAACCUUGGACAAGACUAACUCCUAAGGACAAAGCUGCUAUACGAAAAGAAUUAAAUGAGUUUAAAAGCUCCGAAAUGUCAGUUCAUGAAGCUAGUCGUCAUUUAACUAGAUUUCACAGGCCAUGAUUUUGCCAGGAAAUAUUAACUUGAUAAUUUGAUAAAAAAAAGUUUUUAUCAUUGAAUUCUUCCAUUUAAAUUAUCAAUUUAUUAGAAAUUUGACAACAAACUGUAGGAAUGGCCGCUGUGAUAUUGAUAAAUACAUUUAAAUGUAAUGAAUUAAAAAAUUCUGUAUUAAAAUUAUUUAUAUUACAUUUUAAAAACCUAGUAUGAGUAAAAACAUUCAAUGAAAGACUCAUCAAGUUUACAUAUACUUAUCAACACAGAUUUUAUUAUUU